UCCAUCUCAACUGUUGCGUCGCCUUUUCUCGAUAGGUGUUAGAUAGAGUCACGCACAGCUCGCAAGUGAAAGAGAAGAUUAAAGACAGAGGGAUGGAGAAGAUGAUGAGAGGAGAAGCAUCGCAGACAAAAACAAAUUAAAAUAACAGAUAGGAAGGAGAGAUUUUAUUAAAUCAAGAGAAAGGAGCCGCUUUUUUGUAUUUGUUUGUCUGGUUUUGGAUUUUACUCAUUGAUUAAUUUUAUCGCCUUCUUUGUAGUUCAUUGAUGAAUAGUGUAUAUAUACUACUGGUAGACCUAUCUUCUUUAUUGCCUUCGGCGUAUGUUGUUCUAUUUGGUUCUUGUUGUUGAUCACCGUGAUGGUUUGCCAUAAACUAAACAAACGCAAGCACUGGAUAUCGUUGUUGUUGGGUUUUUGAGAUUCAAAAUGUCGCACAAGAGGCAGCAGGAUGAUUGCAAAGUUCGAUCAGAAGAUAAUAGCCCCGAGGAUAAGCGUAGAAGAAUACCCACUUUGAGGAAUGUGGUUCAGGAGGUGAUGAAGAUGCAAUCAGUAAAACAUUUUCUGGAGCCUGUUCUGGAGCCCUUGAUUCGACGGGUGGUAAAAGAAGAAAUCGAAUUGGCUCUACGAAAACAUUUGAACAGUAUGAAAAGGAACAGUGAGAAAGAUACACAUUGUUCUGAGACAAGAAGCUUGCAACUUCAGUUCUCAAAUAAUCUCUCUCUUCCGGUGUUCACUGGAGCUCGAAUAGAAGGAGAAGAAUGUUCUUCUAUUAAAGUUGUUAUAAUUGAAUCUGUAACUGGGAAAGUUGUCAAUUCUGGCCCAGAAUCCUCAGCAAGAGUGGAAAUUGUUGUUCUUGAGGGAGAUUUUGAUGGUGACGAAGGUGACAAUUGGACAGGUGAAGAGUUUAAGAAUAACAUUGUAAGAGAGAGGGAAGGGAAGAAACCUCUUCUUACCGGAGAUGCUUUUGUUACUCUUAAAGAGGGGAUUGGUUUAGUGGGUGAAAUUUCAUUUACAGAUAACUCAAGCUGGACAAGGAGUCGUAGGUUCAGACUUGGGGCAAGAGUUGUGGACGACUUUGAAGGAGUUAGAGUAAGAGAGGCAAAGACUGAAUCCUUUAUUGUUAGGGAUCACCGCGGAGAAUUAUACAAGAAGCAUCAUCCACCAUCUCUGUUUGAUGAAGUAUGGAGAUUGGAGAAGAUUGGAAAAGAUGGGGCUUUCCAUAAACGUCUGAGUCAGGAAAAUAUCAACACUGUGAAGGAUUUCCUGACCUUGCUCUUCAUAGAUCCUUCAAAACUUCGGCAUAUACUUGGCACGGGUAUGUCUGCCAAAAUGUGGGAAAUCACUGUGGAGCACGCCCGGACAUGUGUAAUUGACAAGAGAGUCUUCUUGUACUACCCGCCGAGUUCUCUAAAGAAAUCUGGCGUGGUCUUCAACAUUGUGGGACAAGUCAUGGGAUUGCUUCUGGAAUGCCAGUAUGUUCCCUGUGAUAAGCUGGCUGAAACUGAAAAGGCUGAAGCUCAAAAAAUGGUACUUUCUGCAUUCAAACACUGGGAGGAGGUUGUCUCUUAUGAAGAUGAAACUUCCCUCAUAGGAAGCUUUUCACACUUGACUAAUAAUGCAGAAAUUUCCAAUGGGAGCAAGGUUCUGGCUUCUCACAAGAUUUGUGGGUUUGACUAUGCACAACCAGCUGCCUCUUCCCCAGAUAUCAUUUCAUCUAUUUACUCUGUUGGGGGCAUCAGUGGCUUGGAUGACUAUCCUCUGCAUGGCAUUGAGAAUAUGGGUAUUAGAUAUGAUCAAACAUUGAGCUAUCCUGGCCAAGUUGCAAGUUCCCUGAUCUGUGACACAGAAUCUGUAACCCAAGCUUUCUGUGACGAUGAUCAUCUUCGAUUUUUUGAAUCUGAUCUCUCGUCUCAGAAUCUUAUUUUAGAAUCACAAGUCAAUUUACAUGAUGGAUUCCUGUUGCAACACACAGCAACUGGCGCCGUUGCCAAAGCACACAGGAGGUGGAAAAAGCUGUCUAGUGUGCUGAAAUGGUUCUCUAUAAGGAGAAUUGUUGCAAGAAGAACCCAUGUUCGAGAAAUUUCAAGAUAUAGCAAUGGACUUUGAAAAUUUGGCCACUACAGUUGCAGAUAUACAUACUAGUAGUAAGUGCUGCUGGUUCAAAUUUUGUUUGCCAUUGUAAAGUGCAACAUAUCAUAUUUUCUGUUCAACCAAAAAAGACAACAUAUAAGAUGUUCUAUUAGAUGUAGAUAUAGCUGGUAGUUCAAAAAAUCUUGGCUCCUGUGACUGGAGACUGAAAAGGUGAUUUUCCUUAUAUAAGCUGUAAAUAUAUAGAUGUGGUUCACAGAAUUGGGCACGUUUCUGGCCACAAACGUCGAGUUUGCUUCAGUCGAAGCUUAAAAUAACUGUGUUGAAGCCGAUGUAGUUGAAGGUCCUUUGCAUAUGUUGCAUUGAGUUUUUAAGCGGACAAAAUUCUUCAAUAAAAACUUAGAAUCUUCAUUUGUAAA